CAAUAGGAACAACGACUCACUAAACGGCUGAAUAAAAUCUCUUUUUCUCCAAAUCAAAUUUUGUCAGAAUUGUUUUGUAAUUUUUGUUAAUUAAUCUAUUUAAUUAAUCUUAAGUUAAUCUCUUUUAGUAAAAUUUAUUGUCUUACAGAUUAACCAAGGAAUUUAAUAUAUCUGUCUAUACAAAAUAUAUAUACAUACAUACACUUAAACAAAUUAUUUAGGGUGAGAGCGGAGGAGAUUUAUCCUACAAAAAAAAGUUUUGGCCUCAAUGUGUUGUGGUCAGCAUGUCCACAGUGUCGGGGCUUGCUUCAAAGGAGGACAAAGACAAAGGAUCGAAACAAAAGUACAGUUCAUUGAAUAUUAAUAAUCUCUACAAAGGCAAAAGUCUUGAAAGUCCUAAGACAGCAGUUGUUCCCAAACAUGGUCUUCAGACAUUGGGUAAAGUGGGCGCUAUUCGCCGUAUUCCCCCACCAACAAAUUUGCCUAGUUUGAAAAGUGAAAACGCCGGAAAUAAUCCUAACGUAAAUCUAGUUCCAAGCGGUGGUCAAGGAUGGGUAAAAGACAAAUCACAAGAGGAAUCUACAAAUUCUACUACACAGCAGGUGACUCAGGAUUCAUUGAAUUCCUCAGUAACUGGUCAACCAGCGGACUCUUGCAGUCAAUUUCAUGGAGACAAGAAUGGUUCAGCGGUUGUGGCAGCAGCCAUAAGGUCACAAGAGCAGCAACAACAGGCGCUUAUGUAUGGCUCAAAUGCAAUUGCUUCAAGGGAAAGAGGGAACGAUUCCUUCAACCCGGCUUCUGUUGUAGCAGCGAAGAACAGCAACGUAAACUCUCGAAGCUGGAGCACUAUCACAUCAACCGACGAAGGUGGUCCAACAAAGAGCUUUCUGGUUCAUUCUGGUUCACCUUAUUUUCCCCAAGAGUUUCCAGAACUGGAUGGUGGAGACUCAGGAAAAGAAGGAGAACAAAAACCAAACAUCGACUACUCCUAUGGCCCAGGGCCAAGCUUAAGACCUCAAACAGAGGGAAGCUGGAGUCGAGGUACCGGCUCAACAAGCAAACCAUCAGUGUCUACCGCUUCAUCGUCUUCAUCCAUACCAGGAGGUGGAGGAGGAGGAGUAAAUGUAGGUGUGGGUGUACCUGGUCAAGGGUUACUUCCAGGAAUGACUGGACCAGUGCCCCAAUCUCAUCAACCACAGCAUAUGAUAGGAACGGCAAAUAUAAAGACUGCCGGAAACCAACUAGUGAACAAUGGCAACGUCGUAAACGGACAAUCUGUGUGUAUUGAUAGUCCACAAAUAAUUGAUCUUCAUUUACAACAAGUUGUCAACAGCUCGGCUUCAUUUCAAAAUUUUCAUAUGUUUGGACCAUCAGUCGGAAAUAUACCAGGUGCUCCUAAUCUUCAACAAUUUAGAUCAAUGGUUCCUUCUUAUUUAUACGGUCGGAUACCUGGUAGCAACUUUCCCGGAAUGGUUCCACCUACUCACCUCCCGACGGGAUAUCCUUCAUUAGGACCUGUUCAACCUAACUUUCCAAGAGCACCUUAUCCAGAUCCUAAUAGAGCUCGAAUUCUUCAUUCAUCCCAAAAAACUCAUCAUCAAAAAUCUCAGUCAGAAGACGUUGAGUCUUCGUUUACCGAAAGAAAAGGAAUUGCUCCAGCAAUUCUAACGGAUAAAGAUUUAAAGGGAUUUGAUGAAAUAUUGGAUAGUGAAGGUAUUGACGAUUGGGUUGCUCCUCCCAAUGACAUUGACUAUAAUGCUAAAUUGGUGUUCAGUGAUGAUGAAGACAGUACUCCUAGUCAUCAGAAUAAAGCACCAACUACCAAAGGUACUUCACAGAAUAAUGAUACUGCCAGCAAAUCAAGAGAGACUGGCAAACUUUCUAAAGAACAGAGAGACGAAAAUCGUAGUAUCAAUAAAGACAAAGAACGAGAAAAGAAUGAUAUUCCCAAAUACCGGCCUCCUAUGGCUAAAUCAGCAAAUCAGUGGCCGGCUAACACUUUUUCCGCUGUCCAAGAGCCUGGAAAACCAGUAAGCGAUGCUCAAUCUAGUGGAAGCUCCAGUAUAACUAAUUAUGCUCCCACUAAGAGUAAGAAUGAUUUCCCUGAUGACGACGAAAUGUGGAAACAGCGUAGUCGUCAGCAUUCAGAUGAGAUGAUUGCUGCUGUUGAAAGGGCUAGAAAACGUAGAGAAGAAGAAGAGAAAAAAUUCGAAGCAAGUCGACUCGCUGCCUUAGAAAAAGCCAAAAGACUUGAAGAGAAGACUCGCUUAGAAAGACAAAAAUCUGAAUCUAGGGAAGGGUCUACAUCUCUUGAGGACAAAGAGAAUAGAGAAAAAGAUAAUCGUCCAAGAGAAUCUUUAGAUGAUAGAUCUACUCAUUCGAGCGAAAGUCACGAUGAAAAAGUCAUCAGAGAUGGUCAGCGUUCCAAUCAAGGCAAUUUCUCAUCAUCAUCAUUAUAUGGAAAAACAUUUACUAAAGAGGUUCCACCUCGAUUUCAGAAACAGGCUGAGCUUCAAAGACAAUUGCAACAACAACUUCAACAGUUGCAACAUCAUCAGGCUCACCAACAUAAACCCCAGCAACAGCCAGAAUCACAGAAUCAGAAUCAGACGCAGACACCACAACCACAACCACAACUGAAACAGUCUCAACAAACUCUGCAUCAAACACAUCAACAGCCGCUGCCACAGCCACAGCAACAGCAGCAGGCACAGCAGCAGCAACAACAACAACAGCAGCAACAACAACAACAACAGCAACAACAGCAGCAGCAGCAACAACAACACCAACAUCAACAGCAGAUAAUUCAGCAACAUCAUCAACAAUCCAUUCAAUCUCAAUCUCAGGCUCAACAACCACAGGUUCAGUCUCCGGUUCAACAACAAACAUUACAGCAACCGUUGCAACAAUCUUUGCAACAAUCCUUGCAACAACCACCAACACCACUGUCUCUACCGCAGCAGUUAUCACAACAGUUGCCUCAACAGCUACCACAGCAACUUCAACAACAAUUGUCGCAGCAAAUAUCACAGCAACUGCAGCAGCAGCAACAACAACAACAGCAACAACAGCCCAUUCAGGUUUCAUCACAACCACAACCUCAACAAUUGCAGCAACUUUUACAGCAACAUCACCAACAACAAAAACAAACACUAGCUAAUGUUGCCCAACAACUACCAAUGACACAACAACAUCAUCAAUUGCAACAAACGCAACACCAACACCAACAUCAACACCCUCUUCAUCACCAACUUCAACAUACUCAUCAAUCACAGCACCAACAACAACAGCUUCCUUUGCACCACCAGUAUCAACAACAAUUGCACCAAUUUCAGUAUCAACAAAGCUUCCAACAUCAAUUUUCCGCUGCUUUAAAUCAACCAGCGCUCAGUGCUGGUUUCAUACCUUUGGAUAAGAAUGCUCUUAGUGAAGACUUAUUUGAAUGGAAAAGAGACUUCAAAGAUAAUAAAUGGGGCUUUGAAAGUUGGGGUAGUAACAGUAGUAGCCUCAACGAACGUUCCUUGAAUUAUGAACAGGUUAAUCAUGCCAGUGAUCCCAUCAAAGAGAAAGCUAGUCAUCUCUCUCCUGAUGACAAGUCUGAUAAUCACAGUGAUCAGCUGAAACAUGGUAAAAUUGAUGAAUCCGGUAUUAAAUCGUCACUGACUUCUUCAAGAAAUCAUCCCCGUUCUAGUGAUCGAGAUCGAGAUCGAGAUCGUACCCGUGAUCAAGAUCGAGGUAACGACAUUAGAGAGCGAAGGCGUCGUGAAAGUGAUAAAAUUGUUAGAAAACCUCAUAGUUCUAGAAGUAGUAGCCGAUCAAAUCAGUUGAAAGAGAAACAUAGUCAUGAUCGAGAGAAUAGAGAAGAACGUUCAGAUUUUUCUCGUCGAAGUGGACCUGGUAGUAGCGGUAAUAGUAGUGUUGCAGGUGGACCUUCAUUCAGAGGAGGUCGUCGUGAAUAUCGUGGUACACGAUUACCAACUGGAGGGCUGGAAAAACCUCCUCACUAUAAUAAUGAUGACAAGUAUUCCAAAAAUCUUGCAUCUAAUCCGCGGAAAAUAUCACGCACUCCUCAUAAAAGAUCUUCUCUCUCGGAAACUUAUCAUGAAAAAGAUGAACGUAAACGAAAGAAUCAAAUUAAAGGUGAUUCGAUUGAUAAACAUCAUCUAGACGAUGAAGGAUCAAGUAGAAUUUCAUCAAAAGCUGCUGGUGAUGAGGCUUCUUCUAAUCGUCCUGAGAGUAAAAGUGUUGGUAGUGAUAAUACCAAUCAAGAUCGCUCCGAAAACCAAUCAUCUUACUCUCGAAAUGUGGUUAUACCUAAUGAAACUUUAAAUCAUGAUGAAUUUAAUGUUUCUCAUUCUCACAAAGAUGGAAAUAAAUCAAAUCAUUCAUCUACCAAUAGUGGUAAUUUCAACAAAACAGCUUCAGGAAUCUCGUCCAGCUUUAGUUCAGAGGGUCAUCCAGAGAAAUCAAAUCAGAAUCAAGGCCGAGAGGAAGGUAAAAAGAUUCGUAAUGUAGCACCGCCUUUCCGUUCAAAUCCAAAAGGAGAUGUUACCCGUUCAUAUGGUCCAUCCAAUUAUGGUCCACCUCCAUCAAAAGCUGCCUUCGAAACUUUAUCUAAGAAUGAUGGUCAUAAAGGAAACUCGGCUAUGAAAAAGGAAUCUUCUAGUUCCUCACCAAACUUUGAUCCUCCAAACAACAAUAAUACACCAUUUUCAUCAGUGAUCGCCCCUCCUCCAAGUGGAGGUAAUAACAAUCGACACGAAUCAAAUUAUGGAGGAGGUAAUUUUGACCGAUCACGAGAUUCAAAUAAUGACAACAAACCAACGGAUCGACAUCAUGUUAUUGCCAUUGGAAGUGAACGAAAUGUUAAUCUAUCUAAUCAUCACAAUCGUUCAUCCAAUUAUUCCGGCAAUCCAAAGAACAACAAUCCACGAGACAACAAUAACGAUGGUUAUCGACGCUCAUCAAAUGUUAAUUAUGUUGAUUCUCAUAAAUCGAAAGAUCUUCCACCCAGGUUUCAAAAGAAACAAACCCCAAGUACUAAUAAAAGUAGUAGUAGCAGCAGCAGCGGCGGCGCCGGCAGCAGCAGCAGCGGUAGUGGUGGAGGACGUUUCAGUGGAAACCCACGUUCUAAUGCACCCAACGGCGGGGGUAAUAAUAGUGGGCCAAAUAAAUCCAACCGUAGUAACGAGGAUAAUUCAAUUGGAGGCUCUGGUGGUGGCGAUGAAUCAACAACUGGUAAAAAAAUGACGAAUAAUAAACCACAUCAAUCACAACAAUCAUGGGAUAAUAAACAACAACAAGCUAAUAUAAUCAGUGAAUAAUUGAACUUUUAAACCAAAUUCAACAGCAAAAAUCCAAUUUAAAUCUAAUUAUACUUGAAAAACACAUAAAAUUCAACAAAAAAACACAUGAUGAUAUAACACUACACACAUAACACACACACACACAUUACAAAAAAAAAUGAUGGAUCAAGGAGGAGAGGGAAACGAGCUAAAUAGAGAAAAAAAUAAUGUUUAAAAUGUGAACAGGAAUUCAAUUUUAAUUAUUAACAGAAAGAUCUAAUUGCUGAGCUAUUUCUUCUUCUAAAUUUCGUCGAAUGUGAUCUUCUUCUUCUUCUUCUUCUUCAAUUUCUUCAAUUUCUUCUUACCCAUUCGGAAACAAAACAAAUAAGAGAACGAAUGAAGACAAAACAAUUAACGACCAUUCGACUCAAACAAACAAUUUAAAACAAAACACAUUUUGAUUAACAAUUUGAACCACUGCUUAGGUUUCACUUUCAAAUUAAAAACAACAACAAAACCAACAUUGGAAUGACGUCCUGUCUGUUUGUGUAUCCGGCAUUUGUAAUAUUCAAAGGAUUAAGCAACUCCCCCUUUGAAUGCAAUAUUAUCAUAAUAAAAAGAAAACAAAAUAA